GGACUUUCUCGGAUGUGCAAUUGGUGAUUGUGGACAUCCAUCCAUCCCCCUGAGUCAGGAUAUCACUGAUCAACAAAAACUUUUCGCCAGCUCUCUCUUGGGAUAGAGUUGUAUUGACUAUGGCUGCCGUUCUCCCUCCGGUGAAGCGACAAAAAGUCUACCAUGGUGUCCCCGAACCACCACAAGAACCCCCAAAGCCAUCGCCCAACGUCAUUGUCCAGUUUGUAAACGAGGAUGACGGAGCUCCAAUUGCGCCUGCAGUCAACCUACCGGCUAAUGUAGCACGGGAGAGUUUGGAAGCAUUAGUGAACCAACUUCGCACCAAGGAUGACGACGAACAUGUGCCGUACGCAUUUCAUGUGGCAUUGCCUGCAGAUGCUUCCAAAGGCGACGCACCCACGCGUAUCGUCAUCUCGAAAUCUAUAGAGGCCGACGUGCUUGGUCACCCUUCGCUUGCGUUUUCCGAGGAAGACAUUCUUGUCGUAAGAUGUGCCCCUCAAUCUGUGUUUAAAGUGAGGCCCGCAACUCGGUGUUCCAGCACAUUAUCCGGACAUUCAUCGCCAAUUCUGUGCGCUUCCUUUUCUCCCACCGGUGCUCUCCUCGCGACCGGAUCUGGCGAUACCCAUGUCCGACUAUGGGAUCUCAAUACCGAGAUGCCUUUUCACACACUUGUCGGUCAUACUGGAUGGGUACUUUGUGUCGAGUGGGACCCGCUUGAGCGGAAACUCGCUAGCGGCGGCCAUGACGGGCAGGUCAGGCUAUGGGACCCCAGGACAGGAAAACCAAUAGGUGAGGCCAUGAAGGGUCAUACAAAGUGGGUGACGUCGCUGGCAUGGGAGCCUUUGCAUUUGAAUCCUUCUGCACCUCGGCUCGCAUCCUCCUCCAAGGAUGGAACAGUACGAGUGUGGUCUAUCCUGACACGUAAAUUGGAGUAUGCGCUUGGAGGCCACACGGCCAGUGUUAAUGUUGUAAAAUGGGGUGGUGGAGGGAAGGGAGGGAAGGGCGUACUAUACACAGCAAGUAGCGAUCGGACGGUGAGAGUGUGGGACCCACACGGAGGUAAGCAACUCAUGGUCCUUAAGGACCAUGCACAUUGGGUUACUACACUCGCUCUGAACACCGACUUCGUGCUUCGAACUGGGCCCUUCGAUCACACUGGCAAAAAGCCCGCAUCCAACGAAGAUGCUCGGGACCUGGCGCUCAAAAGAUACGAACGGCUUGUUAAUCACACACCUGAGCUCUUGAUAUCAGGGUCUGAUGACCACACCCUUUUCUUGUGGUCCCUCUUCUCGUCAGGUUCCACCUCUGCGGGUGGAGGUGGAAAACCAAAGCCUGUGACUCGGCUGACUGGACACCAACGCCAGGUAUCCCAUGUCGCGUUCUCGCCCGAUGGGCGGUGGGCGGCAAGCGCUGGAUGGGACAGUGCUAUACGAUUGUGGGAUUGUUCAGGUAGCGAAGGCUCUGGGAAUUUAGGCAAAUUUGUUGCCACUCUCAGGGGCCAUGUUGGUCCAGUGUAUCGGCUUACAUGGAGUGCCGAUUCCCGCAUGGUAGUAAGUGCUAGCAAGGACGCUACUGUCAAAAUAUGGGACCUUAAAACAUACAAGUUGAAGGUCGAUCUGCCUGGGCACCUCGAUGAGGUGUAUUGCGUCGACUUCGUUGCUGACAAAAUUGUGAGCGGCGGCCGCGACAGGACUUUAAAAAUACGUUUUGAUGGAGUUGGUACUACGAAGGGAAAUAUGACGUACUGGUAUUUGCUGGUGGUAUUGGCCUGA